GGCCUCCAGCCCAACUUCCCAACACCACAGCCUGUGAGCUCACCUCUGCUCUCGGAUGCCAUGGGGCUCAGCGACGGGGAGUGGCAGCUGGUGCUGAAUGUCUGGGGCAAGGUGGAAGGGGACCUCAGCGGCCAUGGGCAAGAGGUCCUUAUCAGGCUCUUCAAGGGCCAUCCAGAGACCCUGGAGAAGUUUGACAAGUUCAAGCACCUUAAGGCCGAGGACGAGAUGCGGGCGAGUGAAGACCUGAAGAAGCACGGCACCACCGUGCUCACCGCACUGGGCGGCAUCCUGAAAAAGAAGGGGCAGCAUGCAGCCGAGCUCACACCCCUGGCCCAGUCACAUGCCACCAAGCACAAGAUCCCAGUCAAGUAUUUGGAGUUCAUCUCAGAGGCCAUUAUCCAGGUCCUGCAGAGCAAGCACCCCGGGGACUUUGGUGCUGACGCGCAGGGCGCCAUGAGCAAGGCGCUGGAGCUGUUCCGGAACGACAUCGCCGCCAAGUACAAGGAGUUGGGCUUCCAGGGCUGAGCUGCCCUGGGCUCGGGAGCCGCUUGUUUGGGGAGGUGGCAGGGAGGGGCGGACCCUGUCACCCAGCCCUCUGCCCUCUGCCCAGCUCUCCCUACCUAAGCCACUCCGCUCCUCCCACCUUCCAGCCAGUCCUGUGCCCCAAAUCCUGACCAUUCCCCACCGACCAGUGCCCUACCACCCUUGCAUGCACCAUGGCAAGUGUGGGGUGACUCAUGCUUCAAUAAAGGACUCUGCAGCUUC